AGAAGGGACAGGCCCGGUGAAUGCGUUUCCUUGUCACCCUGAUACGAGCUAGUUCAUGUGACGUCAGCUAAAUGCAAGAGACAGUGAUUUCGCGCUGAUGAGGAAGUCCGCUUCCAAAAUGUGACAGAGCAGUCACGCUGCUAUCUCGGAAUAGGCUACAUCUGCCGUCGCUUUACAAAAAGGAGGCGAGGACAGGGCGGCUGGUCGGCUGCUGCUCACACCAAGUUCGGUACACAAAAUGGCAAGUUCUCUCCCUUUUGGAACGGUGAUGUCUUGCCCACGACUCGACAGCGGUAGGAAUGGAGCGUCUGCCGCCCCAAAGCCGCUGGCCUUCUCCAUUGACCGGAUCAUGUCCAAGACCUCGGAACCAAAAGGCAAUUUGGAUGAGCGGCGAGGAGUGGAGUCUUCGGGGGGAAAGAAGAUGCUCGGUUUCUGCUCACCUAUACCGUGCAUGAUCCCCCUGCAACCUUUUAGCUAUGACUUACAAGCCAAGGCGCUGAUGAACUACUCCGAAUUUUGGAAAUCUAAUUUCAGAGGAACGCUAUGCACUUCUGCCGCGAUGUGCAAAGCCAACUGCGGAAUGUGUUGCAAAACGGACUCGGGGUUGAAGCACUCUUUAUUACCCGGGAGCAGGGUGAUUAAACCCCAGGUCAUCCAUCAGGCGGUGGCGAUGCCCACCAACGGCUCUUUUUACUAUUUCAACUACCUGGACUCUGCUUAUCACCAUUCUGAGCUGCUAACCGGACACUUGUUUUCCUCUGCCCUGGCCAACUCUCAAGCCCAGGCAUCUCUCAGUGCGCACCAGAAACUGCUACUGCUGGAGAACGCCAAACUCGCUAGCGCUUCGGCGGAGAAGUUUCCGACACCUCAGUACCCACACAAGGAGCAUCUCCCUGGCCAGCUCGACCAGAUAGUGAAAGAGAACCAUAGCCUGAGCGCGGAGAAAAAUGGAGUGAAAGCGCAUAGCAAGCUCAACAACAGCUCCAUGGACGGAAAACCUAAAAACUUCACCUGCGAAGUGUGUGGAAAGGUGUUCAAUGCUCAUUAUAAUUUGACACGACACAUGCCAGUGCACACAGGCGCGAGGCCGUUCGUGUGUAAAGUGUGCGGAAAAGGAUUCCGUCAGGCCAGUACAUUGUGCAGACACAAAAUCAUCCACACACAGGAAAAGCCUCAUAAAUGCAACCAGUGUGGCAAGGCGUUCAACAGGAGUUCAACGCUGAACACUCACAUACGAAUACAUGCCGGGUACAAACCAUUCGUCUGCGAAUUCUGUGGGAAGGGAUUUCAUCAGAAAGGAAAUUACAAGAACCACAAGCUGACGCACAGCGGAGAGAAACAGUACAAGUGUUCUAUCUGUAACAAGGCCUUCCAUCAGGUCUACAACCUAACCUUCCACAUGCACACGCACAACGACAAAAAGCCCUUCACGUGCGGAACCUGCGGGAAAGGCUUCUGCAGAAACUUUGACCUGAAAAAACACAUAAGGAAGUUACACGACAAUAAUUCAUGUAGGCCUAUAUCUGCAGCGACCGAUUCUUCCAGGGGACCCGAAAGCUGAGUUUUUCAUUUGAUUUGGAAAGUCUCCUUUACACUUAAAUUGACAGUUUAUUAUGACUGCACUAGUGCACAUUUCUAUGAUUUUUUUCUCUCCAGUUUUUAGUUAUCAAAAAUUGUUAAAAGAAGGAAAACUAUAAAGCAUAAAAAACAUUGAGACACUUGAUAGCCUGAUUAAAGACCAUUUUGUGUUUGAGGGUUUUAUUAUUCGUAUUUUUUUUUAAAAUAAUAAUGAGGAUGAGAAUUUUGCACUGUUGCAUUGCAGUAAAUCUGACCCUGAAUGGAUUAAUGUUAUAAACAUUUAUGAAGGAAAUCAUGACUAUUUGCUCAACCAAUGGGGACAUUCAGGAGUACAUAGUUUUUCUUUUCCCAUUGCAUAACGUGUGAAAAUCGAAUUGUAAAUAAUAUGAAAAUAAAAUAUUAUUUAAAAGUG